AUGCUGUCGGAAGAAUUUGUGUCGGCCAUCUGCGGCCCUCCGCUCUCAUCCAACACUGCCAUCUCCAAAGAUAUCGGCAUCUACACUCAUACUCUGAGCCCAGCUUAUUCCAUCAAGUCGACCUUCAAAAAGAGCUCAGUUCCAGUGAACUGUCUUGCUGUGAGCGAGACGCAUGUGUUCGCUGCGCAGGAGGGCAAAGCUUACGUGCACGUCUACUCGAGGUUACGUGGAAACCAGGAGGCAUUUGUUGCCUUUCCAGAAAGGAUACGAUGUGUAACCUUGUCCGGCGAUGUUCUCAUCAUGGGCACAGCUGAAGGGCGUCUCAUGUUAUGGGAGACAUGCACUGGCCGACUAGUGUCGACUCCUGCGCGCCACGUUCAGGCAGUUUCCUGCGUGGUUGCCACGCCCACGCACAUUCUCACAGGCUCUGAUGACUCCGAUAUCCAUGUGUGGUCCAUGUCCCAGCUUCUGGAGCUGGACUCAGCCGCCGAACCGGAACCGGAGAGGAGCCUUUCCAACCACAGGGCAGGCAUCACGGCCCUGUCCGCAAACUCAAGUGUUAGUGCCAGCACAAACUUCUGCGUGUCAGCCAGCAAGGACAAGUCUUGCAUCAUUUGGAAUUACCAAACAGGCGACGCCCUGCGGACCCUCAUCUUUCCCAAGUUUCCUCUGUGCGUCUCCUUAGACCCCUCAUCGCGGGCUGUUUGCGCGUCCUGCGAGGACGGCACACUUUUCGUCACAGAACUGUUCGGGGAGAAGCCUCUGCUCGGGCCGUCAUCAGAAGAGGCAUCGACCGUGGUACAAAUCGAGUCACCUUUUGGGGCAACUCCACCAGAGCUCGGGCCGGCCUCUUGCUUGAGUAUGAGUUAUGACGGGACAGUCAUUCUUACGGGCCAUCCAAGAGGUCAGAUCAUGAGGUGGGACAUCUCGGAAAAGAACAAGACGCCGGUAGAGUUGGCCAAUGCCAACGCGGCCGUCACAAAUGUUGUAUUUGUUUCGCCAUUCCCAACGGGCAAACCCACCAAGACAGUACAUAUCGUCAAGCCUUCGCAAGCAGAGCGGACAUACACCCUUGCGGCCCAGCUUGACCCGUUAGCAACCCCCGAGUCCAGAUUUGACUCGCUCUUGAACGCUACCGGGUUUCCGAAAAAAGCCCUGGAAAGCGCAAUUGCCGCGUUCGAACAGCCAGACGUGGAAUUCGCAGAGAAAGAGGAGGAGGAGCUUCAGAAGCACAAUCAAGAGUUCUGGGAGAUCAUGAAGGACGAAAGGAUAGUGCAAAAGGACGCUUUCAGGAUAGGGCCCGUUUAG